CGCGAUUAAGCACAUCGCUAGUUUGGGUGUGUAUCCACUUUUUAUUCGUCAACUUUGCUCGAUUUUGGUCCGUAGCGUUCGAGAACAAAAAAUUAAUAAAGCGGAGCUGCCAGCCAUUAAGAUCCAUCCAAACCAGUAAACCCAGAAACAAACGAUAAGCCCCAGCCAUUUGGCGAAGCCACACAAGCACAAGCACACACAUCCACCAUCCUGUAAUUGCAUUUCCCAGUAUCCGUAACACUGAGAACCUUUUCAACCAUAGGCCUAUCCGAGACAGCCAUCAUGGACGUAAUGUCAUCAUCCCUGCAGCAGCAGCGCGUCGUGGUGGAGCAGCUGCGUCGCGAGGCGGCCAUCGACCGCCAGACGAUCUCGGAGUCGUGCGCCAAGAUGAUGAAGUACAUCACGGAGCACGAGCAGGAGGACUACCUGCUGACCGGGUUCACCAGCCAGAAGGUGAAUCCGUUCCGCGAGAAGUCGUCGUGCACCGUCCUCUAAGGAGGAUGAGUCGGAGGUCCGCUGGAGUCGAGGAGUC